UUGUGCUGCCAAUGUUUUGAUCUGCCCUGUGUGCGAAAAGUGCAUUUCGUGCUGAUUCACGACGCUGCGUGACACGGCCGUCGCGUAUCUCUCGGGCGCGAUUGCAAUCGCAACCUCCCAAGAUAAUACCCUCGAUCCCAAGCGCAAAGUUGCAGUUUCAUUGGCUCGUAAAUCGAUAAGAAAUUGGGCUUGCACAUUCGCCUUUUUCACCGGAUUGGAUUGGAAUUACUGCUUGUGUUUGGCCACCCCUCCCCCACCCCCCUCGCAAGGAUGUAAUAAAAUCGAACACUUUGCCAAGUGACUGUGUGUGUGUGGGUGUGUGUGUGUAGUAGGUGGGUGGGUAAAAUAGGUGUCGCACGGAAAAGAAACCGAAGAAGCAUCCGAAGAGGCGCAAAAAGGAUACCAGUGUGUGACGCGUAGUGUGUAGUGUGCGCGCGCGGCACAGGCGCAACAGAAGCGCGAGGCGGCGAGGCGCGGACGAGAGAGAGAACGCGCGUGUGUGUGUGUGUGUGUAUGUCCCGGUCCCGGUCGUGCACUGGGUUCGGCCCUUCUGCUGCUCCCUGUGUGUGGUGCGCCUCUACCGUGGCGACCAGCAGAGCACCAGUGAUGUCCCACACCACCAGCCAGCAAGUCCACAAACCACACCGCCGCUGCUGCCCUAGCCACUCUGUGUGACUGUGUGUGUGUGUGUGUGCUUAAUUUUGUAGUGUUACUAGUGUGAAAAUGCACAGAAAAAAUUAAUAUAAUAGCAGGAAGGACCGAAGAAAUACAGAUCAGGAUGCCAAGUGUGUAAAGCUUAACUAAGCAGUGAACUGAAUUAGAAGAAACAAAACGUGAAAAGAUCUUAUCAAAAAUCUGCCUCAGUAAAAAUCAAUUGUGAAAAAAGCUCCUCCUUUUUGUCCCGUACACCUCAAAGUAGCGUAGUAAGUGUUCUGCUACUUUAGCUUGAUGCGAUGAACUUUUCACCGUUCGGGACACACUUUCCCGGUACGAUACCGGGAAUUCAUCAGUUUGCCAGCUCGGGACUGGUCACGAGCGUACCGACGACUUCGCACGACUCCAGCAACCGCUACCAUUCCAUCAACUCGAACGUCAACAUGGCCCACUUCAACCAGAGCCAUGCCCCCAUUCUGGGCAAGUUCCACCGGGACAGCCAGGAGUCGGGCGGGAACGGGGGGGCGGGCGGUGGAAGCGCCAGCUCGAACAAGUACAACGGGCACGGGGCCGGAUCGGGCAACGCGUCCAUCCCGACCACUACCGCGACGAGCGGCCAGUACUCGAACCCCUACAGCCAGCAUGCGCACGUGCCGGAGCACAAGCAGCGCGGCAGCAACAUGUACCAUCAGUCGGCGGUCGGCAACAGUUCGGCCGGGGGCGGUGGCGGCAGCAGCAGCAGCAACGGUGCCGCCCAGAGCGCGCAGGAGCUGAGCCAGGACAUUAGUGCGCUGCUGCAGCAGGCAGACAGCAAGCGUGUGCUGCAGAACCCGAGCUGGCAGUCGCUGACACCGGGCGCCUCCGUAGCGGACUAUCUGUCCCAUCUGCCGGGCAGUGCGCUGCCCCUGUCGCUGCACCACUUCCUCAAGUACUCGGCGGAGAACAUCAAGAAGGAGGCCCAGAACCCACUCACCAGCCUGGACAUGUCGCAGGCCCAGUCGCAGGCCCACGGAGGCGGUGGCCACGGUAGCAACAACGGUGCGGGCAUGGUGCUGCCCGCCUCGCAAACCAUUGCCAGCAUUCUGGGCCACCCGGGACAGCAGGGGCCGGGGCAGCACGGUCAGCCGCAGCAGCAGCAGGGCGCCGGGCUCGGUGGCGGCCAUCCGUCCGGGGUGCAGGCGGCGGCCGCUACCUCCUCGACCGGUGCGGCAGGAGCUGCGGCCGCUGACGCGUCGGGCGACAAGAAGAAGCGCAAGAAGAAGAAGAAACCGCCGAAGGAGCGCAAACCGCGCCCGAAGCCGGGCGAAAUCCAGGUGCGGACGGCGCUGGACGGCAGCUUGCUGUUUCUCUGCCCGGAGUGCCAGAUGGCGUACCCGGAGCGGGAGCUGCUCGAGCAGCACCUGAUCGGGCACAAUCUGGAGCGCCGCUUCAUCUGCGACAUCUGCAACGCGGCGCUGAAGCGGAAGGACCACCUGACCCGCCACAAGCAGAGCCACAACCCGGAGCGCCCGUUCGCCUGCACUAUCUGUCUGAAGGCGUUCAAGCGCAAGGAGCAGCUGACGCUCCACUUUGUCAUACACUCCGGCGAGAAGCGGCACGUGUGCCAGGAGUGUGGCAAGGGCUUCUACCGGAAGGAUCACCUCCGAAAGCACACCCGAUCGCACAUUGCCCGCCGGCUGAAGGCGGAACUGAGCCAGCAGGGUGGUAACGGUACCGACGCUGGCGCCUCCCCUAGUACCUCCCGUGCUGGCCAGGCACAAAUCGCGACUGCUGCCCAGCAGCAGCAGCAGCAGCAGCAAUCGGCACAACAGCAAUCCCCCAUGCAGCAGCAGUUACAACCGCCCCAGUAUCACUCGCUCACCCAAGCGCCGGGCCAGUCGCAGAUGAUGUCGUAAGAGAGUGGGGGGAAGCAGCAGCAGCAGCAGCAACAACAGCCACAACAAAUCGCAAUUCAUUGUAGACUAGGGAGAAUUAUUAUCUAAAAAAACACUACCACGUGCGCGGCUCUUCUGAUAAAGCAACGUUGCAUCAAAAAAGAGGGAACGCUCGGGGCCGGGCCACACACUACACCACGGGGGCGGGACCGGCCCCACCACAUAUUAAGACUAAACAAACAAACGAAAAAUCAUUAAGCUAAUACAUACAUUAUCUUCCGGUAGUAGAAGAAGGCACAUUUGUCUUUUUUUGUUUGUCGUCACAAAAAGGGAAAACCAUUUAGGAGCGACACGCAGGAUAGCGAAGGGAUGGUUUUGUGCAAUCGCGUGGAUUGUGUAAUGAACUUUGUUUGUUUGAAAUGAAUGCUACCGCUUUAGGCGGUCCAGGCAGGUCCAGUGGUAGGACGGAAAGGCCGUUCGUGAGAUUCGUUCCCGCGGACUUUGACUGUCACCCUGUCGUGCGGGUACUAGUUGACGAAUUUGACUAAUACCCGCAAGGGGAAGGGCCAUCAUAACGCAUGUCUAAGAAAGCCUGUAAAAGGCUGGCAUUACAGGAUUUUCUAGAAGUUCUAUAGCUGUGGGACACUUUAUUAACUUUUUCUUACUGGAAAUGAACUUAAUGUAAUAGGAAUUAGACUCUAUAGCACCCUUGUUGGACAAAUCCAAUAGGAACUUCUAAGGAUCCUAUCCAAAAAGGGUGCCAAGAGUCCAAUUUCCAACAAAUGAAGUUAACUUCCAAUAAGAUAAAGUCAAGGAAGUGUCUCACAAGUAUGAAAACCCCUGGAAAACCCUGUAUUUAGGUCGGUUUAUUCUACGCCAAGAACAAGAAGAACAAGCAACUGUUUAGCAAUAAGAGAGUGAAAAAAAAAAUAUAAAAAACGCGAUACAAAAAAAAAAAACAAAUUCCAGCCCAUUUAACCAUUUCAUCCACACAACCUCUACCAGACUGUCGGUGGAUGAACUGUUCGCCUGUGACUCUAAUUUCGACUAAGCGCGGUGUAAAAUAAGUCUCCGAACAGUUCUACACCGCACCCCACCCGUGUACAAAGCCUUAGCUGUUAACAGGGAAACAAAGGGAUUUUCUCCAUUUUCUCAAACACUCAAUCACAAACACACAGCACAUACUAAUGGGGAAAAAAACCCUCGCUCAGGUUGAACGCAGAUAUGGUGCGGUAGUAGGGAAACUAUUUUAAACGGGAAAGAAAAGAAUCAUAAAUAGACAAUUGACUGCAAAUACGCGGGCACUUUCAG